AGAGACGCUCUCAAUCUUGAACCCAGCAAAGUCGCCGACUGCGUGUCUAAGGGAAAGUCCGAGCAUUUUGAUUGCCGGAAUCACGUGAGAGUCAUUCAACCAAUGAACGAUGGCAAACGCCUCUACAUAUGCGGAACAAAUGCACAUGCGCCAAAGGAUUGGGUAAUUUAUAGUAAUUUAACCCACCUCCCACGUCACGAAUUUGUUCCGGGCAUUGGAACGGGCAUUGCCAAGUGUCCUUACGACCCUGCUGACAAUUCCACGGCAGUUUGGGUUGAGAAGGGUAAUCCUGGCGAUUUGCCCGCACUGUACUCCGGUUCCAUUGCCGAAUUUACAAAGGCUGAUACUGUUAUAUUUCGGACUGAUCUUUACAACCUGACGAAUGGCUGGAAGACUUACAGCUUCAAGAGGACACUCAAGUAUGACUCCAAGUGGCUGGACAAACCCAACUUUGUUGGAUCUUUCGACAUUGGACAGCACGUAUUCUUCUUCUUUCGAGAAACUGCUGUUGAGUACAUCAAUUGUGGCAAGAGCGUUUACUCGAGAGUUGCCAGAGUCUGUAAAAAAGAUACAGGAGGGAAGAAUAUUCUCUCCCAGAAUUGGGCAACUUACUUGAAAGCUAGACUAAACUGCUCGAUACCAGGAGAAUUUCCCUUCUACUUCAAUGAGAUUCAGAGUAUCUACAAAGUACCAGGCGAUGACACUCACUUCUACGGUACAUUCACGACCUCGACGAAUGGCCUCAUGGGCUCUGCCAUUUGUUCCUUCCACAUUGACGCCAUUCAAGAGGCAUUCCGUGGUAAAUUUAAGGAACAAGCGACCUCCAGCAGUGCUUGGUUACCAGUACUAUCCAACAAAGUACCAGACCCCAGACCAGGACAGUGUGUCAAUGAUACUGAAGCACUACCUGAUACUGUAUUGAAUUUUAUAAGGUCACAUCCACUUAUGGACUCGGCCAUUUCACAUGAGAAUGAAAAGCCAGUGUUUUACAAGCGUGAUAUUAUGUUCACGCGACUUGUGGUUGAUAAACUCAGGAUUGAUUUCGUGGGAGUCGACCUGGAAUACACUGUCUACUAUGCUGGAUCUAGCGACGGUCGAGUCCACAAAGUAGUUCAAUGGCUUGACAACAAUGGCGACUCACAGUCGAUUCUCCUUGAUGUAUUCGACGUAACCCCUGGUGAGCCAAUUCGAGCAAUGGAGAUAUCCAAGGAGCAUAAAGCACUUUACGUUGCAUCUGACCAUCGCAUAAAGCAAAUCGAUUUGGUUAUGUGCUCAAGGCGAUAUGAUAACUGUCUACGGUGCGUGCAUGAUCCUUAUUGCGGAUGGGACAAGGACACCAACACUUGCAAACCGUAUGCACCAGGGUUGUUGCAGGACGUAUCAAACAGCACAGCUGAUGUGUGUGACAGCAGCGUGGGUAAGAGAAAACUGAUCGUAACGUGGGGCCAGUCUGUGCAUCUCGGUUGUUUCGUAAAAAUGCCAGAAGUAUUAUCAAACCAGGAGGUGAGAUGGUAUCACUACAGCAAGGAAAAGGGAAGGUAUCAAAUAUCAUACAGAUACGGUGCGGGUGGUGAUAAAUUCAUUGAGACAUCUGAGAAGGGUCUAGUUAUUGUAGGUGUUAAUGAACAAGAUGCUGGUAGAUACGACUGUUGGCUUGGUGGUGCACUACUGUGCUCAUAUAAUAUAACAGUGGAUGCACAUCGUUGUAGUGCACCAGCUAAAUCAAAUGACUACCAGAAGAUAUACUCAGACUGGUGUCAUGAAUUCGAAAAAUAUAAAUCAGCAAUGAAGAGUUGGGAGAGAAAGCAAGCCCAGUGUGCAUCUAGAAAAAAUGAUAGUAAUCAGUAUUUACAUACGAAUGAAGUUUAUGAUACACCAUUGGUGUGAUCCAGCAGGUCAUUGGACCCUUUAUCAAACAGAGAUUACGACACGAUUAUCCACAUAAGCGUAUUACCAAGAAAUGGCGCUUCCUGUAAUGUUCAGUGGUGUUGCAUUACACUUUUAUCGAUUAUUAUCAAUGCUCUUGGGAUGUGUGAUAAUACAUCGUGUUAAUGAAACUUUUCAUGACUGAUAAAUUCAAUAGCGUUUUUGAAUACUACAGUGCCAUUGAGAGGGAACUCUCUCUCGGGACUAGAAUACGCGAAAAACAUUACACAUGACUCCAGCCAUCAUCGCAGGGAAAUCCACAUGGAAUUUUGCACUGUUUAUACCUUUUUGGGAUUUCGUUUUGGUUUUAUUUUUUCGAGGAGCGACUGUAUAUAAAUCAUUGCAGAUAUUCGAUGGUGGAAUGUUUCUUGCGAUGGGUUUGAUGGACGAAACGAUAACUCUGUUCGAUUAUUGUGAUGUGUUAUUUCGGAUGAUUCUGGUGAAUCCAAUUGGUGAAACUAUUGAGACGAUUUCAUCAUUUUCAAUGGCUCUCUUCUUUGGACAGUAGAUCAAUUAAUUUAAAUACAUAUUGAAAGAGUUGAAAGUUUCGUUCAUCAUUUCUGGAGGACCAAGCAAUUUCUCCUGCAAGAGAGGAAUUUGCCUUUUCUGGGGUGGAUUGCCAUUUCCACCUUUGCAACGCAAAUGUGUGAAAUACGUGGAAAAGAAUAAUCACGAAAUACAAAAAAAAAAGUAUUCUCUGUUUUCUCAAACCUGUGAUAUGGAUGGGUAGCCGAGGAUACCCAUGACGUUUUAUGAGUACUCCCAGUCUUGGUGAAACUCAAAUUGAAAAGCAGGAAACAAUCAUGACUUAAGAAAGAAAGAUAAAAACGUGUUUUUCGUCUCGCUAUUCCACGAUUAAUGCGUGGUUGAAAUUAUGAAGAAUAGAGAAGCUAUAGGUAAACAAAAUUUAAAAAACCAUUAAGAUUAGGCAAUAUGGGUAUGGUUUAGUGCGGACAGAAUGAGAAUAAAUCUGACGCGUUGAAUUAUUCCGGCGCCAUUAAAGUUACACAAUGAGAUUAAAUUAGAUUGACGGCUUAUCGUGGAUACUCUUCACACGCAUCACGCGUCAUGAUUUUAUAAUUUUAAUUAACUCAUCGAUUUCCCAUUGUUUGAUGAUCGUAAUCCGGGCUUUUAAUUAUUCUCCAAUAUUUUGUCUCUCUCGGUAUUGAAAAAGCGAGUGGUAAAUUCAGAAAAUGGUGGUGGCAUUUUCCACUGAUCCACGACUUAAAAAUUAAUUUUUAACAAUUUGCCGUUUAGAGUUGCUGUUCUGCGAACAUUGUCAUGAAAUCUGAGUGGCCGCGUGUGGGUAAUCCAAAAUACCGUUUACCAUGGUGCUUACAAUUGCCAGAAACAAAAAAAAAACAUUCACAUACAAUAUUGAGUACGAGGUAGUUCACGCUCUCCCAGUUGAAAAAACAUUUACACACGUCCCGCACUGCUGGAAAUCUCCGACUGGUUUUCUGAUGGUAGAUUUUCCGUAACGAUGUCCAGUUUUCGAAAUAGACGGUUUUCAUUUGAAAUUACGAACAAAUAGGAUGGAUUGCUUCGUCGACUCGUGAAUAUUCAUGACUAGACUUUAAUCUCAUUUACUUCUGAUUAUCUGUGAAAACCUGAUAAUUCAUCUGGAUUUCGAGGGAGUCUCUUUUGAAAUCAAUAUUGGAUGUUGCCAACAGUGCACGUUAUUCCGCCUGUAUUAUUACUUCAUUCCUCUUUCAGAAUAUACCCUCGACUCCUUCGCUCAUUCUCACAAAACAAGUCACACGUGCUCAUUUUCUUCGUGAGUUUACACGUCCUCGCGAAUCAUUUAUACUGUAUGUACAUAAAUUUUUAAGAUGAAGAACAUAGGAUGUAAAACUUAUUGGGUAGGAGGAAACUAAUAUUAAGAUAGGGCGAUAUCUGGUAUCCACUAAUUUUCAUAAAAAUCGUGGUUUUUUAAGUUCAUUUUGUAUUUUCAUCGCAACUGACUUUUCUGAAAAUUAGUCGAGUGUAUCUGCAGUGAGGUAUAAAGCCGGAAUUUUCAUUAAUUUUUUAUUUAUCUUCGAUUAUUUCCAAGUUAAAGGUAACCAGAAGGGUAAACGUGAGUCACUUCUUGCCGUCGAUUUGUAAAUAAACCCGAGAAUGAUCGUCACAGUUUUUCACGCGUUAUUCCUCAUACUUUGGGAGACUUAAAUUGUUCAAAUGGUUUCAGAUGUCGACGCUAGUGAGAUACUAUAAUUUUAUUUCUUGAAAGCGGGAUUUUGGGGUGAAUAAAGGGUAAUCUCGUGUAUAAAUACGAAAUAGAAUGGGUAAUUCUUAAGCUAUGUACAGAAGAAAAAAUCGAGUAACGAGAUGGUAACGCAGAUAAAGUGAAAAAAUGAAUAACUCGCAGCACGUGAGAGCGGCGCGUAUCGCUGAAAGAAAGGGAUAAAAUUGAAUAAUUAAAUUUUGAAAACCGUCGAGCCAGACGAUGCGACGUUUAUUUUUUGAGAGACGGUGGACGUUGUGGAGAAUAAAUCUAACUACACGAUUAAUUUUGAACGAAUAAAUGAUGUAGAGAAAGAAAAAAAACCACCUAGCGAAAACCCAUAGCCAAUAAUCGUAAUACAAUAAUUGAUAAAACGAGAUUAAAAAUGAAAAAAGCAAAAAAAAAAGGUGAAAUAAAAAACGAAAGACGAACAAAUCUUAUCCUCGAGCAAACUGUACUUGCUAUAUGAGCUUCGACAAGUAUUGGAUAGUAUUACAUAUUAAGAAAGAAUUAAGGUAAAAUGUACUUGAGUGAAUGAGACGCUGUUGUGCGUCGAAUAUCGAUGAGGUCGAAUAUCGUUUUCUCACUGAAAAACAAACCAUCAAUCAUUCUUCAUUUUGUAUAAAAUAAAUCGUGGACUCAUUCUCAUUUGACGCACUGAAUUCAUAUGUUUCAUUCACUCGUUAAUAUUCAACCGCCCACCAAUCACAACAUGAAUGAAAUAAUAAACUAUUGAGAUGAAUGAAUACGUAAAAAAUGGAAUAGAAAACAAUUGUAAAAAUAUCUUGUGUAAAGGAACGAGUCUUAAUGAGUGGAUU